AUGUUGAAUAAACUUCUGUACUUGAAAUGUGUCACUUCCACAGCAACACUACCUUACCCUUUUAUCCACCACUACCCGUUCCUCUUUUCUCUUAGUUACCGCACGAUCACUUCAAAAUCACGCUCAUUCGCUGUAUCCUACCUCAUUGACAAUUUUGGGUUCUCCCCUGAAUCUGCUUCCAAAACAUCUAGCUCCUACAAUAUUUGUUUUCAGACCCCAGAAAAGCCCGAGGCAGUGAUCAGGUUCUUCAGAAAUCACGGUUUCUCUAAUAUGCAAAUAAAAUCUAUGGUUAGAAGGUUACCAUGGUUGCUUUCCUGUGACCCAUGCAAAAGGGUAUUGCCAAAGUUUGAAUUUUUAAGCUCAAAGGGUGUAUCUAGCUCUGAAAUUGUUAACCUAGUGAAUAAGUACCCUGCAGUACUGGGUCCAAGCCUGGAGAAUCAGAUAGUUCCAACCUAUGAAUUGAUAUAUAAGUUCUUGCAAUCUGAUGUGAAGACUAUUGGUUGUAUGUUUGGUAAUUUAUUGUUCUCUCGCUGCAAUCUUCUGGCACACAACAUCAGAUUGCUGCAAGAGAAUGGAGUGAGAGAAUCGAACAUUGCAAGAUUGCUUGGGAACCGUAGUCAUGCGGUGUUUGCCUCAAAUGAUAUGGUUAAGUUGGUGAAGGAAGUAAAGGAUUUGGGGUUUGAUCCUUCAAAAGCAAUAUUUGCUGUAGCGAUGAUGGCCAUGAAAAGAAUUAGUCCUCCCCUGUGGAAGGAGAAAGUUGAUACCUUCAAGAAAUGGGGUUGGUCGGAUGAAGCCUUGUCUGAAGCGUUUAAGAGGCACCCUCACGUUAUGUUGACAUCCAUUAAAAAAAUAAAUGUUGUGAUGAACUUCUGGGUCAAUCAGUUGGGUCGGGAUGCUUUGGAACUUGUCCAUUUUCCGAAGAUUUUCGGGUUGAGUAUGGAAAAGACAGUCAUUCCUAGGGCUCUUGUUGUCCAGCAUUUACUUGCUAAAGGCUUGAAGAAAAGGGUCAGCUUUGUUACCCCAAUUUCUGUUUCUGAACAGGUAUUUCUUGAAAGGUUUGUGACAUGUUUUGAGGAGGAAUCAUGUGAACUAUUAAAGCUGUACCAGGAAAAAGUUAGUGUUCAAAGAAAAGAGGAGGUUGGUGCAGCAUGA